UGACGUUUCCAUAGAGCAAAGAUGGCGGCUUUCACUCGUUGCGAAAAUAACAGGUAACUCUUUUAUUUCGAAACUGAUGGCGUCCAAAAAAAUAUCGCUACAAGAAGAGCAUAUCCUUCAACUUAUACUAGAAUUUCUGAGCUCUAGAAAGUACUAUAAGUCUGCCAGAUCACUAGAAAAAGAGUCAGGGGCGAACACAAAUCCUUACUCGGAAAACAUAAGUUUUUUUCGUGAUCUAGUUUUGGACGGCGAUUGGGCAGCUGUGAGGGAAUUCGGGGAACCGUUAGCCGACAUCCCGGCCUUUGAAUAUCGUAGGUUUAACUUUCUUGUUGCAAAACAGGAGUAUUUAGAAAUACUGUUUGAAAAAUGCGAAGGAAACACGAUCAAAGAUGAACAAGCUUUACGUGAUCGACUAUUAGCCUGCCUUCAAAAUUUAGAACUAUACUGCACGUUUAAGGAGGAGUACAAUAAACUGUAUUGGUAUUUAUCUGUACCAUCACUUCGCACUGAGCCCGAAUUUUGCAACUGGAGUGUAGAUUCAUCCCGCAUGCAACUUUUUGAAGAAAUGUUGCAGUUAUUGAAACAGUUUAUCCCCAUUGGUGAGCAAAAUUUAGCAAAAGACAGUUUGGUAUCAGAAGAUAGAUUAUUAGCCCUUCUGUUUAAAGGUUCGCUUUAUGAAAACUGCAUCGAGUUUUGUCAAAAGCAAGCAAUGGGGAAAAUGGCCACAUCUGACUUUCUGCCAACUGAUAUAAAGGUUGACCUUUUUCGAAAACAGUCGCUAAAAAGUACAGGAAAUUUUUAUUCAUGGCUUCACAGUCUGUCAAAAGAAAGCUUUGUGGAACCCUUUGAGGAGCUCAAUUUUGAUGUACAGGUCGCAAAACGGAAACCAACUAGGGUUAAUGCCGAGGUGAAAAAUAACUCCCUCAGUCGAAGUUUGACUAUCGAGUUGAAGACACCAGCAAAAGUUUUCUUGCAGAAAGGGAGGGAUGAAAGAAGGAAACGUUUCACCGAUUUUCCAACAUGCAAACCAACGUUUUUAGAGUUUGAUAUGCGAGAUGUUUCCCAGUCGUUUGCUGAAUUUGAAUUUGCUGAGAAUAGUAACAAUAGAUCAGGGCUUACUGGACGUCCGAAAACCCAAAAGUCCGCCCCAAAUGAUCAAGAAGUGUUUUUGCAAAAUGGUGAAAUCUAUCCAAACGCACCUGUUGGUCAUGUGUCUGUUUCUCCGGGUAAGCCAGCAGAAUCUCCAAGGAAAACCCGACGUGAUCAACAAGACUUAGUUUUGCAACAAUUGGAAGAACACAAGCAACGUCAACGAGAGUUGUACGAGCAGCUAGCCGAGAGUGCCAGCCUGGCCAAGAUGGGUGGUCGAAUUAAGGAUACCAAAACCAAUGAUGUUAUUCCUGACGAGUCUGCAAGAAGCUUAGAAGCUGUAAAGAAGAGCAUUCAGAGCUUGAAGUUAUUAGCAGAAAGUUAUGAAAGCCCUAAGGGAACUCACAUUGGUCAAACAGAUCUGGUCAAAGAUGAUGUUUUUAGACUGAGUGAAGACAGAUUAAACACUGGAAAGAAGAAUACUAGCCAAAGUGCAUCUUCCCAGCAAGAUUCUCGUCCAAACACCAUCAGUAUCACCAAUGACAUGUCGGCAAGAAAGAGUUCAUCGUCAACCCCUGGAUCAGCAGCUCUUCCUAAAACUCCUGUGAAUACUUGCUUACCUCCUGGCCUCGUGAAAUUGACUGAUGGUUCUGGAGCUUUUAAUACCAGGUAUGUGUUGUGUGUUGGUCAUGCAGUUUUCUGAUUAUCAUCUCAUUACCAUGUCAAAAGACUCUGCCUUGACUCUAGCACUCCAGAUGUCAACUGCAAUAACUCUGAACCAAUAGAGAUGUCCUUACUGGACCUCUUUUCUAGCACAGAUAGAUGAUGCCUGAUCUAGUAGGGGGAAAGGUCUAAAUACAUAAUGAUAUGGCUAUGCUAAGAAAAUUGAUUUAACAUCACUCUCUAUACUAUAUGUCCACCGGGGCCUAUCUGUCUGUUUGUUUGACUGUCUGUUUGUCUGCCUAUCUAUUUGUCAGAUCUACCUUUUCAAAUGCCAGAACUCCGUUUUCAAAUCUGCCAAAACUCCGUUUUCAAAUGCCAAAACUCCGUUUUCAAAUGCCAAAACUCCGUUUUCAAAUGCCAAAGCUCCGUUUUCAAAUGCCAAAACGCCGUUUUCAAAUGCCAGAACUCCGUUUUCAAAUGCCAAAACGCCGUUUUCAAAUGCCAAAACGCCGUUUUCAAAUGCCAAAACGCCGUUUUCAAAUGCCAAAACUACUUUUUCAAAUACCAGAACUCGUCUUUCAAAUGCCAGAACUCCGUUUUCAAAUGCCAAAACUCCGUUUUCAAAUGCCAAAACUCUGGUAAAAGCCCCUCCCUGGUAAAACCAUUCCCUGAUGUUGGAAUGUCUUUUCUAGCACACCCAAAGCUGAACGUCAAUCAUUCACGACACCUUUACCAGCAUCACCAGUGGCAUCUGAACAAAGAUUUUCCAGAGAUGAUAUUCUGCUGCGGCAAUCUCGACAACGACAAGAAAAUCCUACACAAGAAGGAGAUACUAAACCAGAUGCUGUAUGUGUAAAUAAUUUUGACCUGGUUCAUCUUCAUCUCUUAUUAUUAUGUAUCCACACCAUCUCAACCUUGCUUCCCUCACCUUCUCUGCAAUGUCUACCACACCACAUCUCCUGAUCUCUUCAUUCCGUAAUGUCUCUGACUAGCUCUCCUUCAUCUCUUCGUAUUACGUGUCCACAUCAUCUCAACCUUGCUUCCCUCACCUUCUCUGCAAUGUCUGCAAUUACAUUUAUUAUUUCUUUCAGAGUGGACAAACACCAAAAGCAUCUGGCACAAGGCAAUUCACUGUACGAAGAUCUUUGGUGAAUACAGUUUUCCAGAAUGAAGAUAAUGUAAAAGUGGAAACUGACCCUAAAUUUCAAUCUAGAACUACCUUAACUAACAAUACUAACGUAGAUUCUUCUAGACUGCAUAAUGCAAUCAUGGAUCCCCCAACAAAAACUGUUCAAACCAGAUCUGACUUUGUCAAAGAAACGUUAGGGAGUGAUCCUAUGGAAUCGAGGAAUCAAACCUCUAGUCCUUUUUCAUGUGGGAAUGAUGUGAAAGAUUCAAGAUUUCAAGCUAGUUCUGGCUUAAACAGGAUUGGUAGAAGAAUCGAUAGUCAUCCUACCACCUCAGUCGAAACUAAGAACUCGAAGUUCCAGAAGCAUUCUACAGCAAAUAAUCCUCAUACCACGGUGGGCAACCGUUUGUCCAGACCUGACGAUCCCAAGGACUCGAUGUUUCAAGAUAAUGACAAUAUAAAAGACACAGAAAAAAGAAAUGAGAUUAAUUUUCGUGCAACAGUAGGAAGUAAUCCUACAAGCUCAAGGUUUCAUAACUAUUCCAACACAAAUAAUCCUCAAAGAACAGAGGAUACGCGCAAUGCCCCCGGACUGAGUGAUCUUAAAGAUUCAAGGUUUCAGGAUAUUUCUGCUAUAAAAAACACUCGGAGUAGCAUAAUUUCUACAGUACCUACACCACACAAUACUGAAGGCAUGCUGCAAAGCUCAAACGAUGCUCCAUUGAACUUUCAAAAGUCAGCCAUGUUAGCAGACACGCAAGCAAUACGUGCUGUAGCCUUCCACCCCAAUGGAAACUACUUUGCUGUCGGGACAAACUCCAAAUCAUUGAAAAUUUGUCGUAAGAAUGAAUCUCGUUAUUUUGAAAGGUACGGUUUUGUAGGUAUUUCAAACGUAGUGGUCCAGUAUAGAUAGUGUUCUACAAUAAGCUGCGUGGUUUAUGUCUGAACUACCUGAAGAAGAUAUCUCAAACGUGGUGGUCCAGUGUUGGUAGUAUUCUACAAUAAGCUGUCAUGGUUUGUGUCUGAACUACCUGAAAAAGAUAUCUCAAACGUGGUGGUCCAGUGUAGGUAGUAUUCUACAAUAAGCUGCAGUGGUUUGUGUCUGAACUACCUGAAAAAGAUAUCUUAAACGUGGUGGUCCAGUGUAGGUAGUAUUCUACAAUAAGCUGUCAUGGUUUGUGUCUGAACUACCUGAAAAAGAUAUCUCAAACGUGCUGGUCCAGUGUAGGUAUAGUAUUCUACAAUAAGCUGUCAUGGUUUGUGUCUGAACUACCUGAAAAAGAUAUCUCAAACGUGGUGGUCCAGUGUAGGUAGUAUUCUACAAUAAGCUGUCAUGGUUUGUGUCUGAACUACCUGAAAAAGAUAGGAAACACUUUCUUUGGCCUUUUUGGCGAAAACCCCUCGUCAGUUGGUCAAUUGGAAUCGACUACUACUAAGUAACCUCUUUACGAAGGAUCUUCGCUUGAAGUGUUUUUAAUCUUUUUAGUUCAGACACAGACCGGCUUAGUUUACAUGUUCUUAGGAUUUUCUGUGUAUGUUUUAUUCAGAGAUGAACAUGACACCCCUGAACUUGAGGUGUUGCAUCAGAAAACAUCAAUUCACAAAGGUUCUGUGUACUGUGUGGCGUUCAGUUCAAAUGGCGAAAUCAUUGCGACUGGCUCGAACGACAAAACGAUAAAACUGUCGAGAUUUAACGCAGAUAGUCCAGUCAACCUAGAAGUUCAGAUGGAAUUGGCAAUACACAAUGCUACGGUCAGAGAUCUGACGUUUGUUAACUCAGCUGCGGGUGGGCAUCCCGUUUUAGCAUCGGGUGGUGCAGGUAAGAUUUGAAUUCCAAAUUCAGGUGUGGUUGCAUUUUUAUCUGUGCGGUGCCAAAAGUUGAACGUAGUGUACUGUAAAAUGGCCUUAAAUCUUUGUUCAAUGUGCCUUUCUCACGAAGUACUGUCUGCCCUCGUGAAAGAUUCUAGACAAUUCAAACAAUGUGAAAAGCGACUUUUAAAAGUUGUAACUGUAAAUUUUCCAUUAUACAAACAACUACAAUACUAAAAAGUUGUAUUUCGUGGUGCGGAGACUCUCAAACGUGAGAGAGGCAGUACCCCAAAAAUGGCGGGAAAAAUUGGCCGUGAGAAAGGCUAAUUUAUCACCUCUAGAGCAAGACUACCACUAACCACCAUCUGCUGCACGAUAUAGUGUUUAGAUAUUUUCUCUUAUUUUAGGUGGGGGUCUUAUUCACUUGUCUGAUUGCUGCACAGGACAGACUAUUUCCUCGCUCCAAGGGCAUGCUGGGAACGUUAUGGCAGUCUUUGCUAGCGAGCAGGCUCACUUGCUGUGUUCUGGGUCAGCGGAUAAGACAGUGCGAUUGUGGGACUUGAGGAUGGCGAAGUGUAUUGAUGUGAUGGCGACCAGCAGCUGUGUUACGUCAGUGUGUUUCAACCAUGCUACAGCUCACUCGCUGUUGUUAGCUUCAGGUUGGUGUGGACUGCAGUACAACAUGGAUUGGUAAUAGUCGAUGGUUUCGAGUGCAAUUUGGAAAAAAAACAUGCACGAGUGAGUUUUUCAAAGACUGUCAAAAAUUGCACGAGUCCGAAGCAGUGGCGUAGCAAACUCGAUAAUUGGGGAGGCCAGUAUUCGUAUAUUCGUGUUCUACAUCAUUAAUUUCUUUUGAAAUCAAUUGUUUUUAAGGUCUGUGAACACGAAUAUAUGAAUAUUGCCCCCCCCCCCCCACCAAUUAUCGAGUUUGCUACGCCACUGGUCCGAAGGACGAGUGCAAUUUGAAAUCUUUGAAAAACUCACGAGUGUAUGUUUUUUCAAAUUGCACGAGAAACCAUACUAUUACUUAUUAAUAAUUUACAUGAAAAAAUAUGCAGUCACUUGUGCACAUUUAGAAAUUAUGAAAUUUGAAAAAUAAAAAAAAAUUUGCACUGUAUUUCAUUUUUUUAGCACUGUGUUUCGAAAAACUUGCACUGCUCUUAGCCAAUCAGAAUUGAGAAACUUUUUCAUAUAUAUUAUUAAAUCUGUAAACAACACAAAGCGUAUAAUACUUUAGUUUGUGGAAACACCACGUAAAUUUAUUACUGCGUCCUUUUACGGCCAUGCAAACCUACAAACUUUUCACGUCUUUGACCGAGAUUUGAAUGCAGUUGUCUCAUGAUAAUUUCACCUCACAUAUCAGGGAAAAUGCUUCCAGUUUGACUCUACCAAAUACCGCAGGUUCUCGCCUGGUACUCGGGUUUCCUUCUGCAGUAAAUGUAGACCGCUAAGCAAUGAUCCUUAAGCUGGUCCACAUAUGCCUACGGUAUAUCAUUGUUUACAGCUGUUGAUGCAUAUACAUCCUUUUGUGAAUUAUUUGGUUGAACUGCUAACGACAAUAGCCCGCCGACAUACCACAGGUAUAUGUGAAACAGGCUUUACUGGACUUGCAGGGAGAACAGUAGGACUGGUAGGGCUAUCCAGAAUAAAAUAACCGUCACCUUAUAUUUUUAUUUAUCGUUUGCAGCUGAUGACAACGGUCAAUGUAUAGUUUACGAUGUUGGCGCAAGGAGAUCGAUUACUUCAUUUACUCCGCACGAAAUGGACUGUAGAUCUAUUCGAUUCUCCCCAGACUCCCAGCACCUCCUCACGGGUUCCUACGACGCAUGCGUAGCAGUUACCAGUGUACAUUACAACAGCAGUGAGAUGCUAUCCGAGUCACGUGUUGUGGCAACACACAGAGACAAAGUCAUUCAAUGUCGUUGGCAUCCAAGUGAGUGUGUGUUUCUUAGUAGCAGUGCGGACAAAACUGUUGUUUUAUGGGAACAAAGUUAUGAUAGACAUGAUAAGCUAUGAAGGUAUGUUGUAACUAAACUUGUAAUACUUGUUGCAAGUUGUUACAAAAAGUUGUUACACACAACUUGCGAUCAGAAUGCAUUUCAACAACUUGUUCAACAACUUGUUGUUGAUAAGUUGUUGGUGAUAAACGUUGGUGGCAACUAAACAACAUGUAUAUAACUCAUAAGCUUGAAGAUGUGAGAAAAUGCGUGAAUUUUGGCACACUAUAGCAACGACCACCGUAUUGAAAGUGUGAAAUUUUAGUGAACCAUCUGUCUAUAUGUAUCGUAAAAUAUUUAUACAGCAUAAAAAUUAUAUUUAAGCAUAUAUCACUCUUAAAUAAUAUAUUUCAAAAAUUCAUAUUUAAUAACAUAUAAUCACCCUUAUAUAAUAUAUAUAAAAAAUAAUAGUUAAAUACAUCAUGUACAUGUAGUUUUUUUUGUGUUCUUGGUGAAAACCAACCGGCAAUUUUGACGAAAACACUACAUUAAUAAGACCAUACUUUAACAAACCCGGGCAAAACUACUGUUCCUUACACGAGCUACAAGGCAAUAUAGCUAACUCUAAUUUCUCAGCAUUUUUAAUAAGUUUCUGAACGAACGCUAAACUUUUCUCCCUCACAUUCGUGCUAUUAAUCUCCAAAAUUUCAUCGCCCACAUGUAGGAGUCCACCCAGAAAUUUCUCGGCCUUUUUAUCCACAAUUUUACAAACGAACAUACCGUCUUUGCGUUCUUCGUAUCCUUUACGAAUGUUGAAUCCAAAGGUCACUUUAUCUGGUCUGCGAAGUUCGAUAAUAUAAGCAGUGUCUAUGCUGGAAUGGCAUCCUACCACUCUGCCUAAGGCGAGAGCUUCCUUCGGGGAACUCACGAGCUUUUCGGAAUUUUUCUUGGACUUGGAUGAACUUUUUCUGUGAAAAAAUUCUCGUAUUUUUUGUUUCUUGCUUCUUGAAUGAGUGGAACGUUUUCCUGGAAUUUCGUUGACCUUGUAGAAGCCAGUUCUUCGGGUGAAUUUUGUGUGGUGUUUUUUGCUAGUUGGGUCAAGCGGUAUAGCCUCGCCGGGCAUGAAAGUUCGGUUUUCGGUAAAAGCGUUCUCGCUAGUUAGUAGGUUCGGCAUACUGCGCCAUUUUGUUGCAUUGGUCGUUGGGGUGGAUCUUGACUGUUCUCUUGGUGUGAAAUGGUGUGUGGUGGUUCCU